AUGCGUCUUUUCGACGUUGGCCCCCUCCGAAGCAAAAAGCUUUCCAACGCACGCGAUGUAGCAAACGCCGAUGCAAAGGCAGUACGACGUCAGAACGAUGACAGGCUCGCUGCCAAUCUCGGCAUCUACUCGGACUCACGUCACGGUGCUUCUACACACUCCCUCUCUGCGAACCAUGCCUCUGCGUCUCAGCAUGCUCCCAACACUCUAAACGUCAAGCGCAGCGUCUCGGGCAUCACCUCCAGCGAUGCAGCAAGGCAGACCAAGCUCGAGCGUAUGAUGGGUGCUGGUGUUCCUCAGAUCCACGUCGUCAGCCGUCAAGAUCGUCACAUGUUAUCAGCCUAUGGCCAACAUGCACAACCUUUAGUCGAUUCUUAUCACCACCGCAAUCAACUUUCCCAGUCCACCAUCCGCAGCCCCGCCAUCAGUAGGACCAAAUCCGUCUCUGAAAUGAGCGAGGCUCACUCUUCCUACUCCAGGACCUUCUCUUCUGACAUCUCCAACACUGUCGGUGGUGCUACAACGUUCACCGAGAUGUCCGAGGUUGACUGCCCAGUCUGCCUUGAACCGCUCUCGCAUCGACUCUCUGGUGAGAAGCCCCACGUCGUGCCCGCUUGCGGCCACGCCCUUCACAAUGCCUGCUUCACUGCUAUCUACGGUCCUCCCCAAGCUUUGCUAGCUGCUCAGAGCCCUGGCAGUCGUUUGCGUGGUGCUGGAGCUUCAGCCAGACACAGUGUUGCACCUCCCGGCAUGUGCGGUGUCUGCCGCAAGCCCAUCGCUCUCGGUGAUGCCAACUCGAGCAAAUCUCACAAGCUUGCAGGCAUCAAUGGAAUCGCCGUUGAUUCGCCCAAGCUUCGUUCCACCCUCUCCUUUUCCGACGAUGGUGAGAAUUCUCAGGCGCACACGGACGAUCCCGUCGAACAGUCGCAGUCAAAGCAAGCAAGGCAUACUAUCAGCUCAGCCGCUUCCUUCUCAUCUACCUCGUCCCACAACCACACGCUGCCCAUUUUGCGAGCUAGACCCGAGUUCCCCACCAUUUACUGCAAGCCCAACGGCAAGCAAAGCGCCAAGCUCAACGUUGUCUCAGUGCUUUCCAUCGAGGUGCCAAGCCGUCGCUCUCCUUCCGACAUCCGCGACCACGCCCUCGAUACCAUCUCGGACGAAUAUGCCCAAGACAACAGCACCAAUGGCGCUCGCAAGGAUGACGAUUCUUACUCGGAUGAUCUCAAGCAAAGUGGCUCUGGCUGGCACGUCAAUAUCUCCGACAAUGCCGCCACCAUCGAUCACAACCGAAGCCCUAUGCCAGAAGCUCGUCUCGGCUUUACCGAACAGGGUGACAAGCACAACGUCAUUGCCCCAAUCGACUCGCCCGACGAGCCAGGCUUUUCCUUUGGCGCCGCUCCUGCCGGUCUUCCAGCCUUGGACCCCAAUCGUGCCAUCCUGGAUGACCUGCAACAGCGUGUAGCUGACUGGAAGGGUCACUCGAUCGAGCACUUUGGUCCUCUCGUCCUCCACGACUUGCUCAACAUUCGACAGGACUCGGUCGUCCGCGAGUUCCACAUCUACCUCUUUCAAGAGGCGCUACUCUGUGUUACUGAAGAAAGACGCAAGGGCAUGGGUCGCUUCAUCUCCAAUGGAGGCGCUGCCAACAGUGUUGGCCCAAACGAGGCCGAGACCGGCAAACCUGCGCUCAAACUCAAAGGUCGUAUCUACUUGCGUCACAUCCGACGUGUUCUCCACUCGUCCGUUGCCGGCGAGCACAGUCUCAGCAUCACUAUGGAUGAUGAGGACUUGGAUCAGUUCGUCUUGUGCUUCCGCGAGACCGGCACCAUGGCCGUAUGGCGAGCCCGAUUGACAGAGUUGACCGAAGGUGACGGAGGAAACUCACCUGCCAUCUCCGCUUUUGAGGCCCCUGCAGCCACUCCCGUUGCGCAGUCUUCGAAUGAUUUGCUCGAGCAGCAAAAGUCGAUAGCAGUACCAGGACUGUCUCCCAACCGCCCUACCGCCACGCAGCCGCUGGCGAGUGGCUCCGCAUCCGUCUUGAGUGGCAAGUCUGGCUCUCAUCAUGGGUCAGCAGCUGCCAUGCAUUCGCGCAAUAGUCGACGUCUGUCAGCCGUCUCCUCGAGCUACCACAGCCAUCACGGCAACGGCUCUGUUGCCGGCUGUCGAAUUUCGGCAUCGAGCGACACUGUAUCUUUGUACCAGCAGUGGUCCAGUUCGGGCGGUCUUGACCCACGUGUUCCGCCACCUAGCAUGCUGCCGCACACUCCCAUCGACCUCGUGCUGAUGAUCUCGGUGCCUUUGGUGCUACCCGAGCACAUCUCGGGCUCCAUCAGCUCGUCUGCAGCGCUCAAGCUCCGCCUCAUCCGAUCCUCGCUCGACUUUAUCAUCCACAGCCUCGGCCCCAUCGACCGUAUCUCGCUCGUCGCUUUCACUGUUGGCAUCGAUGGCGAGGUCAAGCGCACCGGUUUGCUCAAUCCUCAUCGCGAUGCCAGCCGUCAGCUCUUGGAAGAGUUCGUUCAGAACAUUGGCCGUCCUUGGGACAGUCAAGACUGUGACCCUUUCAGUGUCGAUCUCAGCAAGCUCGGCGGCUCAAGCGAGCGCAUCGACUCGGUCACCGCCGUCAACGUUGGUCUUGACGUUGUGCUCGGCAGGAAAGCCAAGAACUCAGUCACAAGCAUGAUGCUGGUCAAUGACACUUCUGACGGUCCCAAACGUAACCAGAUGGACCUCGUCAUGGCACGUGCUGAAGCUGCUAAUGUUGCCAUUCACUGCUUUGGCUACGGCAAGACGCAUGACCCUUCAUCGCUCUGGUUGAUCUCCAACCAUACUCGUGGCUCAUACACUUUCGUGCGCGAGUGGUAUCAGUUGCGAGAGUGUCUGGCGGGCUGUUUGGGUUCGAUGAUGUCAGUUGCGCUGACCGAUGUCAAAGUGCACAUUGGCGUACCUCAGGACAACUGUUUCAGGAUUCGCAAGAUUGCCGGUUUGCCAGGCGCUAUCAUUUCGAGCUCAGGCAAGGAUGUCGACAUUGACAUUGGUGAAAUUAAGUUCGGAGAGGCCAAGGAUCUGCUGGUCGAGCUUGAAUUGGAUCUGGAAAGUCUUCUGCCAACCCUGAUGGAGAACAGAAGGGAUGGCAAGAGCAUUGGUCCCGGUCCCAUCGAGCAAGGCAGCGCAACGGACGAUUUCAUGCAGAGGAUGGGGAUCCAAGAUCUCAGCUUGGCUGACUCGGAUGGAGCCGAUGGCUUCCUCGAACAGAUGGUCGAAGAGAUCGCGGUCUUUGAAGCCGAUGUGAGCUUCAAGGAUCCCGCCACUGGCAUGAUCACUUCGCGACUGCCGAACCCAGGUAUUCUAACACUCGAGAUUGAUACUCACUCGACCGAUCCACUCACCAAUGGACCACCCGGCUUGGCUGCAGUUGUGGCAGAACCCACCGUCACCCGCCGACGCCUCGAAGUGCUCGUCUCUGAGAUGAUCACCCGAUCUCUCCUCCUCAUCUCGCGCAAAAACUACGGCCAAGCACUCAAAGUCAUCACCGAAACCCGUCGCAUCAUCGACACGGUAGUCCAAGCACUCAACGGACCCAACCAGUCCAAGCGUAAAUCGCUUGUCAUCCACCGCUCCAACCAUCGCUGUGUCCGCGAAGCCGCUAACCAACGAACCAUCGCUUCCCUCGUGGCAAUGAUGAGCGAUCUCGACGUCCUCGGUGAAGGGUUGGAACACCAACAUCGCUCAACCUUUGAUCGGGAUGGAAGGAACUUUGGUGCUCAACAGGCGAUGAUCUUGAGAGAUCAAAAGGCGUGGACUACAAGGACGGAUACCGAGUAUCUGUACUUCAGAGAUGAUAACGCGGCUGCGUUUACUGCUUGGUCUGCUAGCUUCGCUUCGAUGCGAUGA